GCCCCGCCCCUCGGCUCGCGGCGCGCGCGGGUGACGUCACUUCCGGCGCUCCCGGCGGGCCUCCGGCCGCGGGAUGGGGCGAGGGGAGGCCGCUCCUGCCUGAUCCGGCUCUGCCAAACCCGGCUCGGCCCCGGCGCCAUGGCCACGUCCGAGUGGCUCCGGUUCUUCGAGGACGCCGGGAUCCCGCCGGGCCCCGCCCUGGGCUACGCCGUGGCCUUCGUGGACAACCGGAUCCAUAAGAACAUGCUGCUGGACCUGACCAAGGAGCUGAUGAAGGAGCUCGGCAUCACCGUGGUCGGGGACGUCAUCGCCAUCCUGCGCCACGCCAAGGUGGUCCACAGGCAGGAGAUGUGCCGGGCGGCCUCGGAGUCGCUGCAGCCGGCGGCUGCGGCCGAGCGGGGCCCGGGGGGCUCCCGGCGGGAUCAGGAUCGGGAUCGGGAUCAGGAUCGGGAUCGGGAUCGGGCCCGGCCGCCCCCCGGAUCCCCGUGCGGCGCCGCCGGGAGGAUGAUCACCAACAGCCUGAGCCGGGAGCCGGCGCCGCCGCGGCCCCCCCGGAACCCCCCCGGCACCGGCAUCUGCGUCACCGUGGCCAACGGAGCCGCCGGCGCCAAGGCCGGCGCGGCCGGGCCCAAGCGGCGCCGCGUGACGGCCGAGAUGGAGGGCAAGUACGUGAUCUCGCUGCCCAAGGGCACCACGGCCCGCAGCCGGAAAAUCCUGCAGCUGCAGGCGGCCAGAGGCCUGGGCCGGACGUCGGUGUUCGAGCGACUCGGAGCCGAGGCCAAAGCGGCCGCAGCCGCCGGCGGGAAGCCCUCGGGGGUGUUCAGCCCGCCUGGGGGAUGCCCCCGGCGCCGAUCCCGCCGAUCCCGCCGAUCCCGCCGAUCCCGCCGAUCCCGAUCCUGCCGGCGCCGCCGGCGCCGAGGACGCGCUGCCCUACGCCGGCGUGCUCAAGAAGCGCCGGGAGGGCCCCGCGGGCGGCGCCGAGGCCCAGGACGGGGCCGUGUCCAGCUCGGUGUCCGGCGAAUCGCGGCCGCCCUGGGGCUGCGGGAAGGUCAGCAGCUCCUGCGAGCCCCGCGCCGCCGGCAGCGUCUUCCGGCGCCUGGGCCGGAAACCCGACUGAGCCGGGAAUGGCGCCGGGGAGGGCGGGAUCCCGCCGGGAUCCACCCCGGAUCUCCUGGGAAAGGGGGGUUCCAGAUCCCCUGGGAAAAGGGGGGAUCCUGCCGGGAUCAACCCCGGAUCCCCUGGGAAAGGGGGGUUCCAGAUCCUCUGGGAAAUGGGGGGAUCCUGCCGGGAUCAACCCUGGAUCCCCUGGGAAAGGGGGGUUCCAGAUCCCCUGGGAAAAGGGGGGGUUCCGUCGGGAAUCGGGGUUUGAUGCCUGGGAAAGGAGGAUCCCAGAUCCCAGCAGGAAUCCAGGCCGGAUCCCCUGGGAAAGGAGGAUCCCAGAUCCCAGCAGGAAUCCAGGGGGGAUCCCCAUGAAAAGGAGGAUCCCAGAUCCCAGCAGGAAUCCAGGGGGGAUCCCCUGGGGAAAGGAGGAUCCCAGAUCCCAGCAGGAAUCCAGGCCGGA